CUUAUCUUUAAAUUUGCUUAGGUCACCUCAAUAAUAAACCUGUCUGAGUUGGUCGUCACAAAAGUCGGUAAUUGUUAUCAGACACAGAAUGAUUUUCAGAUACGUUGUUGUUGGAAUUGGAUUAGCAUUAGUACGAGGUACUUAUGCCGUCGAUUGUCCAGACGGAUUUGUUUCCCAUCAGGGCGUGUGUUAUAAAGAGUUUGGAAUAAGAGCCAGUUGGGAUGAAGCAAACGUCUACUGUGAAGCAUAUGGAGCGGAACUGGCAACAGUUGCUGAUCAAGUUGAACAAACGUUUCUAGCUGGAUACUUACAAAGGCUAACACAAGGUUUCUUUAAUUCCGGUAUAUUUUGGCUCGGUGCAUCUGAUAUGGCCGCUGAAGGAAGCUGGGUCUGGAACAAGACAGGGAGUUCAGUGUCCUAUACAAACUGGAAGGAUGGCGAGCCGAACAACGCGAAUGGAGGAGAGGAUUGCCUGACAAUAACUUUCAGUGACAGUUUUAGAUGGAAUGAUAACAACUGCAAUAACAAAUUCAAUUUCGUAUGUGAAAAAAGGGGACAAGAUCUUGGGAUUAUAGGUUAAAACAACUGCAGCGCACCAACGUUCCUAAUGUCACUUCCUGAUAAGAAAUGUAUUAAACAAACAGAUAAAUUUGUCUUGUUUUCUAUAUUUAGCCAUUUGCGAGGUUACUUUCUAUCUUGAAUGUACGAAGAUAAAAAUAAGAACAAGUAAGAACUAA